CGGUUUGAGCCGGGAGCCCUGUUCCCAGGUGGUGGAGCAGGUCCAUCUGCGCUGCACCGAGGGCUCCCUGGAAUGGAUGUACCCGGCACGAGCCCCGCAUGUCGUUCUGGAGCCCAGCCUCGCCAGCACCCAGCACACCACUGUCUGCAUCAAGCCCUCCAGUGACUUCCAGGGUGCCAGCAUCUAUGUGGAACGUGCUAGGCAGCUGCAUCUGGUGGUAAGCAAGGCAGAAGGGGCCCAUCCCCACCACGUGUCUUGCUUCAGUGCCCACGCACCACAACGAGUGGCCCUCUUCCUGCAGGCCAGCCCGCAGAGGGACAUCCGGACGGCCAGCUUCCAGUAUGAGCUGCUGAGCAACCAGAGUGUUGCUGGCCCCGACUUCGGAAAGAUGACCCUGGUCGAAGCCCCUGGCAGUACCAUCACUGAGAACACCUGA